ACGCCAUUUUUGCUUGAUAUGUUAGUGACUGCUGUGUUGUUUCAUCUAUUUUUAUUGAAAUCUAUUAUAAAAGAACCUUUUUUCAGUUGUUUAGGUUCAUAUAUGGCGUGUAAUGCAGUUAAUAUUUUACUAUAAUUAAAGGUAGAAAAUUUUAUACCAUACUAUCGGUGUUAUCGACUGCGCGGGAAAUGUGUAUAGCUACGUUUUAUACUCCCGUCAAGUAACAGUGGUAUUGAAUACAUUUGUUUCAAAUAAUUCUAAUAUAAUUAGUGUUCACCAUGAUUGCCCAUAAGGGACGAGAAGGAAAGAGGGGCAAGUUAAAAAUGUCUAAAAAUAUAGAGCGUUUAUAUAAAGAAGUAAAAUGCCGUGAUUGUUCAGUGGUAGUGACGCGAAUGGACUUUGCGAAGAUCUUAGGGAAAUUUACCAAAGUGAAGAUACAAUAUGAAAGUAGUUCGUCACCUAAAAGCAAUAAAAACAUAGAUGCAUAUACACAUAAUGUUAACGCAAGACUAAAAAAUAAUGAAAAUGGUAUGGUCCUCAUUCGCAGAAAUGUUUAUAACCAACAUCCAGCCAAAGAACCAUUUACGAAAAAAAAGCAUAAAAAUCAAGAUAUUUCAACAAAUAUUACGUCACCUACAAAAAAAGCAUCCAAUAUUCUAAAGGAAAACAAUGUUUUGAAAAAAUCAUUACCUAUUGAAAAAAAUUCUAAUUAUAAUAAAAAACAAAUUUCUAAUUCCACAUUAAAACAAUAUGGUAUUAUAUUUAAUGAUCCCAUUUGCAAUAACAAUAUUGAUCACAAAGUUGAGCUUUCUUUAUUGGAACUACUACCAAACAUCAACAGAAGUAUAUUACCGUCAGAAGAAUGGUGCAUUGAUUACCUUCCAAACCCAGAUGAACCGAAAGAUGACAAAGUUUAUGAUAGGAUAGCUGCAGAGCUAGAAGAUCUUAUGUAUAAUGAAAAACCUGAAGCAAAGGCUGAAGUCAUAGAAAAUAAAGUUGACGAGUUCCCAUCUAUAAUGGAUAUACUUAAUGAUAACUCAACAGAAACACUGCCAGAAACAAAAGAAAGUAGCACUUUAGAUAACUUACAAUCAAGUGAUGUGGAAGCAAUGCUUCUCGGCAAAGUAAACGAUGGCAAAAUAAUGGAAGUCAACAAUACCGAUAUUAACAAAAUUAUUGAAGAUGUGACUCAGUUUAAUAGCGUAGAUAAAGCAGUUGAAGAGGAAAAUGUAAUUGUUAACUCACACAGUCUAUCACUAUUAGAUGAAGCUCUGCAGAAGGGUAUUGAGGAACAUUUGCCUAACAACGUAGACAGUAAAGACACAAGCAUGCUCGAUGGUAGUCUAAAGGAGAAUGAUAAUUGUGAGAAUGAAGACAAACCAGAAAUUGAGACAAAUGUUAAUCAAGAAAAUGUAACUAACAGUAAUGAUGAACAAAGCACUGAAAAUUGUCCCACAGUAGGUCCUGAAAAUGGAAUAAUUGUAGCUCCAACCCCAAAAUUUGAAGACAUCUCACAUGUAGUAUUUAAAAAGAUUAUAGAUGGAAAAUGUCAGAAAUCUGUAACAUGUCUUAGAAAUUUAAAAUAUAGCAUAGAAUUUGAAGAGAAAUCUAUAGAAUUUUUAGGUGCUCCUAAAUAUAUUUCAAGCUUAGAAGACUUACAGGUACUCUUACAGAUUGUAAACGAGACCAGCCUACAGAGUUUAUAUGUUCUAUACUAGUUUAAAAUUGUUGUAAAUGAUAUACAUAUGUAUAUUGUUGAUAUCAAAGUGAUCUAAUAUAAUUGUGUUGGGACUAAGUAUCAAAGAUUACUUAAAAAAUGCUAAUAUAAUAGAUAGGUUGCUGUAUAAAUGAAAUAUUUAUUUCAUUUGAAUCUGUUAUAGAUUUAACAAUUGAUAAGCAGUUUAAAUGGAAAAUUUGAAAAAAUCCUGUUUUAUUAUAAGAAAUGAAGAGAUAGUAUCCUAAUUAAAUAAAUUUAAACUUAAGAAAUUGGAUUGAAUUAUUAGUUUACGCCUUUAUUCAUGAUAAAUGUAUGUAUAAAAAAUUUGGUCACUUUUAUAUAUGUAAAUUUAAGAUUGUAAUACAUGGCUAGAUUUGUAUUUAAAAACAAAACGCUUUAAAUAUAAUGACUAUAUUAUAUAGAUGUAUUAAAGGAAAAAAUAUUAGUGCCUUUAAAGUAGAUUUUCACCAGGAUAAAAUCAACCCAGCCCACAGAUUUUUUAAUUAAAUAAGUAACUAAUGUUGCUAUAUCAAUAUAUUUAUAAAACAUUUUACAUCUAUGAGUCUAAUUAUUCAAAAUUGAAAAAUAACACUCAUACCCUCACUGAUAGUAGAAAAUCUUUGAGACACUAAGAUUUGAUUUAGAAAAGGUUUAGUGCUUUCUAAAACUAAAUACAAUUUAAUUAAUGCUACUUUGAAAAACAGACAUUAAAAAAAGUCAAACAUUUUAUUCUGAUAUUGUUUUGUUAGAAAGCUGCAACAUUUCCUUACACUGGUAACACUUAAGUAAACUACAGUAGCAAUCUGUUGUCAAUAUCACUAAGUUAUAUUUCGAUUACAAAAAUCUCGAGAAUUAUUCAAUAUACAUCCUAUAAUUAAUUAAGAAUCAUACUUUAGAGUAUAAAAACCAAAUGCUCUUUAUUAUUAUUUAUUACAUUAAAGGAAACAUUUUUUUUUGUUUUAGUGUAGGAUAAAAGAAACACAUCGAAAACUUAAAAUGGCUAUUUUAACUGUACAUCUUAUUGCCUUCUAAUUUAUUAAAAAAUAUAUUCAUAAAAGUAAACACUUAAAAUAAUAGUAAAUAUAAAAGUGGUCGUAGUUUGUUAUCAUUUUAAGGUUUGGUUACACUGAUGAAUUUUUUGUUCACACGAUGUUGACUUUUGUUAACUAAUUUAUUUAUUGAUAUAACGUAUUUUAAUUUAAGAUGAGGUUUCUAAAAAAUAAACUUUUAAAUAUUUAUUAAAAUUUUGUUUGUCUCCUCCGGAUAGAUUCUAAAUAAGGUUACUAGGAAAUGAGUUUAAUAAAAACGGAAAACUAUUUUUGUAACGGAAUUUACGUUAUGUUUCAGCCCCAAACGAACGCAUUCAUCUCAUCCUGAUUAUAGGGCUAUCCCAAACUUCGCAAACGCAAAACGGUCUUUUUUUUUACACAAGUACCAAACACUUCUGAUUAUCAAUUUGAGAACGUUCUAAGAAGCAAUAGCAAAUGGCCUCACUUUUCUUAGAAAAUAUUUUAUAUAAGUUUCUAUAGAAAAAAACGGUCACUUUUUAAAACGCUUGGCGACCUCUUUUAUCAUAUUUACUUCCGUAAUACUUUAUUGUACAGAAUAAUAUUACAAAUAAAGAAGUUGCGUAUAAGCAUCGCAUUAUUUUUCUAACUUACUGUUCUUUUUAAAACGCGUGUUUUAUUUUUAAUAUUAAGGAAUUAGCUCGUGAGUAAUAGAAUAAGAUUUUUAUUUAAAUAACAAUAAAUUAAGGAACAUUCAUUGUUAUAUAAAUGUAAUAAAACAAUUACAUAGAAUAUAACAAUUAAUAUUUAAUGUGUUAAAAGUAGAGUAAUAAAAACAACUUUAAAA